UUUAUUUUAUUAUUAUUAUUAUUUUUCCGCCAUAGCCGAAACUCAGGCUCUCUGUAAAUUUGCAAAGGUGCAAGCUCAUCUCCUCGCCAGAAAUAGUUGGCCGAUUCCAUCUCCCUCCGCGCCCCCUCGAACCUCCGUAAUUCCCACAGGCAGAUAAAAUUAUCUUGCUGGGACUGUGGGUGGACGAGGAAGGAUGGUGUUGGCCUGUUGAGCUUAUGAGGAAUGUCCUUGUUUACUAUUUUGUCUUAAUAAAAAGUUGAGAAAGCUUAAAUAGUCAUUCAUAGUUAUUCGAGUGCAGAAUAUCGGCUUUCAAGAGUAGGAACACACUCUUGGGCUUCUGGAUAUGUACCGUACUGUGGCUACGGCCGCAUCUGUUGGCGGAUUGCCAACUGAGAGUGGGGAUUAUGUCGUGAGUCUCGAUCAAGUCCCGAGGUGGAGCGAUGCAGAAUAUCGAUCGUCUUUGCCGUAUGAAAAUGAAGAUCCCUCAUUUUCUAAUGCAUACUUUGCUGAUCCUCUGAUGUCGUACUCUGGAGCUGAAAGUUCUAGCAAUGGGAUGGUUUCAAGGUUUCCAGUUAACCGUGAAAUUAACUCAAAGAUAUACCUCUGGAGGGGAAACCCAUGGAACCUAGAGGUUGAUGCAGUUGUCAAUUCUACAAAUGAGAAUCUGGAUGAAGCGCAUAGUAGUCCUGGUUUGCAUGCAGCCACUGGACCUGGCCUUGCUGAAGAAUGUGCUUCGCUGGGUGGAUGUCGGACAGGAAUGGCAAAAGUUACAAAUGCAUAUGAUCUUCCUGCCAGGAGGGUGAUUCAUACUGUGGGUCCUAAGUAUGCAGUGAAAUACCAUACAGCUGCAGAGAAUGCAUUGAGUCAUUGCUACCGGUCUUGCCUUGAACUUCUUAUUGAAAAUGGGCUUCAGAGCAUUGCCAUGGGUUGUAUAUACACAGAGGCGAAGAAUUAUCCACGUGAACCGGCUGCACAUGUAGCAAUCAGGACUGUUCGUCGAUUUCUUGAGAAGCAGAAGGAUAAAAUCAAAGCUGUUGUCUUUUGCACCACCACUGCAAAUGACACAGAGAUCUACAAGAGGUUGCUUCCUCUUUACUUUCCUCGAGACAAGCAUGAGGAGGAAAUAGCCAUUUCAAAGCUUCCUGCAGAUGUGGGGGACGAAAAUGGCGAGACUGUUAUAGAUGAACGUAAAAUUCGAAUAAAGCCUUUGCCAAAAAAAUAUAUUCCUAAACCUCCUCAAGCCCCUGAUGAUCCUCCUGUUAGCGAUGUUGGCUUGGUAAGAAGGAACUCAUCGCACUUGGAUUCAUUAUUGGAUCCUGCUUUCAUGUCACUGAUCAAAGAUCCUGAUCAAAGACACAAGGAACAAUGGGAAAAGACUGCCCAAGCUAAAAGUGGAUUUAAUUGUGCCAAAUUGCUUGGAUUUGGGGACCUUGGAGGGCCCCCAUUAUCCGCUGCAGAAGAAUACACACUUCAUUCUAGAUACCUUGCCAAAGCAAACUCCCUUAGUCUCUCUGAAAUUGCAGAGAUGAAAAUUGUCUACCGAGGUGGUGUAGACAGCGAGGGUCGGCCCGUCAUGGUUGUUGUUGGGGCACAUUUUCUCUUGCGCUGCCUUGAGCUAGAGCGGUUUGUACUCUAUGUUGUAAAGGAGUUUGAACCUUUGAUAAAGAAACCUUACACCAUCGUUUAUUUUCACUCGGCAGCAUCCCUGGAGCUACAACCAAAUUUGGGAUGGAUGAGGAGAUUACAACAAAUCCUUGGUCGCAAACAUCAGCGCAAUUUGCAUGCAAUAUAUGUUCUCCACCCGACUUUUCACCUAAAGGCCACAAUUUUCACUCUCCAGUUGUUUGUAGACGACGUGGUGUGGAAGAAAGUGGUCUAUGUUGAUCGACUUCUUCAAUUGUUCAGAUACGUUCCUCGUGAGCAGUUGACCAUUCCCGACUUUGUGUUCCAGCACGAUUUAGAAGUGAAUGGUGGGAAAGGUCUCAUCGUGGAUCCCCGAACGAAGUACGUAUAUCACCGACCGUAAGUUCGAUGAUGAGUGGUGCCCCGGGUCAAGAUUCAAGAUGGCCCUUUCAUCUCCUUUUACGUGUUGUUUAGAGAAUGCGACGUGAUUUGAUUUGUUUGGAAGAGGUGCUUUGUGUACAAUAAUCUUUUCUCCAUUCUGCCUCUUUCUUUGAUUCUUUCCUCCUCCUCCUCCUGCCCAGGUUAUUUUUCUUUGGUUGUAUUGCUUCUAUUUUUUUUCAAAGAAUUGUGUAAUUGAAGAUAUAUAAUAUGUAAAGAUAUAUUGUCCUCUGGAAGUGAUUGGGUCUUUAGGUAGCUCUCAAUAAAAGUUAGCCCUUGGUUUGAACCA